UUAAUUGGAAGCCAAUGGAUCGUUGAGAGAGACGGAAUGUGAUGUACAUGGGAGUUUCUGACCAUCCCGAUUCUCCAGCUCCUUCUCGUCACCGCUUUCGCCGCUCACCCGUUCGUACUACUGUUAACCCUGAUGGGAAGGGUUAAACUAAAGAUAAAGAGAUUGGAGAAUACGAAUGGCCGUCAAGCGACGUAUGCGAAAAGGAAGCAUGGCAUCAUGAAGAAAGCUAAUGAGCUGUCUAUUCUUUGUGAUAUAGACAUUAUCCUUCUUAUGUUCUCACCAACUGAAAAGCCUUCUUUGUGCCAAGGGAAGAGCAGCAUCGAGGAGGUUAUUGCGAAGUUUGCUCAACAAACUCCCCAGGAAAGGGCCAAAAGGAAGUUGGAAAGCCUUGAAGCACUGAAAAAAACUUUUAAGAAGUUGGACCAUGAUGUAAAUAUACCGGAAUUCCUGGGUACAAGCACUCAAACAAUUGAGGAGCUAACUAACCAAGCAAGGUUAUUACAGACUCAACUCUCUGAAAUACACAAGCGUUUGAGCUAUUGGAAUAACCCAGAGAAGAUUAACAAUGUAGAAGAUUUGGGGCAAAUGGAAAAUUCUCUCAGGGAAUCACUUAACCAAAUUCGUGCACAUAAGGAAAAUAUUGAAAAGCAACAACUUAUGUCAUUAGAGUGCACUAAUCAGUUUCAAAGUGGGAUGCAUUUACCUUUCAGAAUGGAUGCUGAGCAGCAGCUUCAACCUUUGCCUUGGAUUCAUAGUAAUGACAGUCAACAUGUUCUUCCAGGGGACCCAAAUUUGCUACCGCAGAGGGACGUGGAAUGUUCUGCAAGUUCCUCAUUUGGGAUUUAUUCUGGUUACUUUGGUCCGGGUAGGAAUUCUGAGAUGUCCAACUCGGGACAAGAAAGUGGAAUCCUCAAUGAGAUUGGUGGAACUGCAUCUCUAAGGGCGCAGUUGGGAUUUCCAUAUCUGCCGUGCAAUCUUAAUAUGCUGAGUGAGAUGAAAUUUCAACCUGCAGCAGAAAUGAACCUACAGCAAAGUGCUAUGGAUUAUCAUGUCAAUGGAAGCUUUGAGGCUCCCAGACCUGCCUAUGAUACUACACACAGUAGUUGGGCUUCCACAUCUGGGCCUUGUGCUGUCACCAUGUUUCAUGAGGGCUUAUAUUCACAGCAACCAAAUUGAGAUUAUAAAGUGUAAUGUUACCAUACAAGCACUGAUCAACUUGGUCAUAUGCAUCUGAAGACCGAUCCCUGCCAGGUACUAUGUGCUUAUCUUGUCAGGGCCCUUUUGAGCACGAGAACUUGGGAAGCAGUCGCAGUUGCAGUCAAAUGAAAAAUGUAUAAUAUGAUGAUUAUAGCACAGGUAGCCGAUACAUCACCCACCAGGAAAAAUGGUGCUGGCUCUGUUGAAAUAGGCAAACAGUUGUCUUAGAAUCUUUGUGUAUAAAAAAUAUAGUCUGUAGUAGGUUUUGCCAAGUGAUUUCUACUUCCUUUUUGUUGAUGGCACCAAAAUGGCAGCCAAACUAGUGCCCUCCCCCUUCUCCCUAUAAUUAAACAAAGAGUUGUAAAUAAAUUUACACGUAGCGGAAUGGCUGUAAUCUGAAAACUACAUAAAUUAAAGAUUAUUUUGAGCA